UUUGCAGUACUUACUGCUAUUCAAACUGUAUGUUCAACACUGCAGACUGGUGUGUUUUAUUCACUGCCAUAUGUCGCAAGGGUUUUGUCUGUGGCUUAAUUAUGAGUGCAUUGUGUGCUUUUAUGUUCAAGCUUGGAUUGAUAAAUCGCAUCUAUCAGUUUUAGGUGCAACUGAUGCAACGUUUUUAUUAUUCUUUUGCCUCAGGCUGAAGAUUGCAGAGAGAAAUUUUUAAUCUAAUGGUGAUUGACCCGGUUCUUUCCUCAGUUCGGACUCUAAGGGACGCUGUUGAUCAGGAAAACAGAGGCUUGUGUCUGUGACAGAGUAGAGACAGAGUAGAGAAAGAGGAGAGGUUGAACACAUUUCAUACAGGAAGGCGUUCGAGGGAGAAUCCGGUGCAGUAAAAAGACGUUUUUUAUUUAAAUCAACCUAUUUUACUGGAUAUCGGGGCAGCAGUGUUGAACUGGACAGUAAAUUGCGUUUUCAUGUGUGACUGAAUGAAUAAUUUUACCAUUAGAAUUGGGAUUUUACUCUAGACGACAUGGGAAUACGCCAGCAGCGAUGCAGAAAAUGGCUGUUGUGCUGGACAUCAACAUGGCAUCUGCGGAUUUUCGUCUUGAUGAUUUCUACCGCAAGUGGCCAGAUCCGUUAUUCAGUACCGGAGGAGAUGAAGAAAGGUGCCCUCAUCGGUAAUGUAGCGCAAGACCUUGGUUUGGAUCUGACGAGGCUCCGUUCAGGUCGGGCCCGUAUCGUGAGCGGAGAAACCACUCAGUACACCGAGCUGAAGACAGACAAAGGGAUUCUAGUGGUAAAUGAGAGAAUAGACCGAGAAGAGCUUUGCGGAGACACAGCACCGUGCAGCUUCAGCUUUGAGAUUAUUUUAGAAAAUCCUAUUGAACUGCACAGGGUAACAGUAGAAAUAUUAGAUGUAAACGACCACGCACCAACGUUCAAAAAUAAAGUAAUUAAUUUAGAAAUUAGCGAGUCUGCUACAGUAGGAUCUCAUUUCGACUUGGAAAGUGCAUAUGAUCCUGAUGCGGGGAUUCACGGCUUGCAAAAUUAUGUUUUGUCCCCUAAUGAUAAUUUUGCUUUGAAACAACAUUCAAACGCUGAUGGAACUAGAUUCGCUGUUAUGAUUUUGCAGAAGCCGUUAGACAGAGAGUUGAAGCCACACCUGUCUUUAAAGCUGAUAGCAGUAGACGGAGGAACUCCACAGCGAUCUGGUACAGUAAAUAUAGAGAUCACUGUUCUUGAUGCAAAUGAUAAUCCUCCUGUGUUUAAUCAAUCACUGUACAAAGCCACUGUGGCAGAAAAUGCCCCCUUAGGCACCUAUAUAACUACUGUGAAUGCUUCUGAUGCUGACAGUGGUUCGAAUGGCUUAGUUACAUAUACAUUUUCUAAUGUCAAGGGGAAAUCAGCCGAAAAAUUUGAGAUUGACAGCGUCUCCGGCAGAAUAACUGUUGUUGGUAAUAUUGAUUUCGAAAAAGAUAAAAAAUUUGAAAUAAGAGUGAUCGCCAAAGACCAGGGUGGCUUGAGUGACGCAACUAAAGUUGUCAUAGAUGUCGUAGACAUCAACGAUAAUGCGCCAAUUAUUAACAUAAUGUCCUUCUCCAACAUGAUUUCAGAGGAUGUCCCUCCUGGUACAACUAUAGCUGUUUUUAAUGUUAAAGAUGCAGACUCUGAAAGAAACGGUCAGAUAACAUGCUCAUUAGAUUCCAGUCUCCCCUUUAAAAUUCAGUCUUCCUUGACUGAUUAUUACAAUUUGCUCUCACAUGUCGCUUUUGAUCGUGAAACGAAACAUGAAUACAACAUAACAAUAACUGCAACAGAUUCAGGGUCACCCCCGCUUUCUACAAAAACUACUUUACACGUAAAAAUCUCAGAUGUAAACGAUAAUGCUCCACGCUUUACCAAACCGGAUUACUCAGCCUAUGUUACUGAAAAUAACUCCCCUGGGAUGUCAAUAUUCAGUAUGAGCGCCCGAGAUUCUGACUGGAAUCAAAACGCAAGGAUCUCAUACUUUCUGGAAGAAACAGAGGUUAGUGGCAGCCCGAUUUCUUCUUAUGUCUCCAUAAACUCUGAGACUGGAGUUGUACAUGCAGUGCGCUCAUUUGAUUAUGAGCAGAUUAAGCAGCUUGUAUUCACUGUCAGAGCGCAGGAUGGAGGCUCUCCUCCACUCAGCAGCAAUGUGACAGUAAAAAUACUGAUCCAGGACCAGAACGACAAUCCUCCUCAGGUUCUGUAUCCAGUCCAGACUGGAGGCUCUGUGGUGGCUGAAAUGGUGCCUCGUUCAGCAGAUGUGGGCUAUCUGGUGACCAAAGUGGUGGCUGUUGAUGUGGACUCUGGACAGAAUGCGUGGCUGUCGUACAAACUGCAGAAAGCCACAGACAGGGCUCUGUUUGAAGUGGGCUCCCAGAAUGGAGAGAUCCGAACCAUCCGCCAAGUGAGUGAUAAAGAUGCAGUGAAACAGAGACUGAGUGUUAUAGUGGAGGACAACGGUCAGCCCUCUCGUUCAGCUACAGUCAUUGUGAACGUGGCGGUGGCGGACAGCUUUCCUGAAGUUCUGUCGGAGUUCAGUGACUUUCCACACGACAAGGAGUACAAUGACAACCUGACUUUUUACUUGGUGUUGGCUCUGGCUGUGGUCUCCUUCCUGUUCAUCACGUGUUUGGUGGUUAUUAUCUCAGUGAAAAUCUACAGAUGGAGACAGUCUCGCAUCCUGUAUCAUUCUAACCUGCCUGUGAUUCCAUAUUAUCCUCCACGUUACUCAGACACUUUGGGGACAACAGGGACUCUCCAACACGUGUACAAUUACGAGGUGUGCAGGACGACAGACUCGAGAAAGAGUGACUGUAAGUUCGGCAGAGGUGGUAGUCAGAACGUGUUGAUCAUGGAUCCCAGUUGUUCAGGGACGAUGCAGCGGAUGCAGAGUGAGAAGAGCAUCCUGGAUGAACCAGACUCUCCUCUAGAGGUUUGA